GAAGGACCUGCAUUGGCCAACUUUGGGGUUACCGCUUCCGAGGCGAAGGCGAGCUCUGUAAGCCGUUCCUUUAAGGCGGUCGGCCUGCCCGAGGUUUCGAUUAGCAGAGGGCUCUCCCACUGCGCGUCUCCGCUCGGAGCCGUGAACUCCGCUGCUCCGUCUCCCUGCCCGGCGGGCUUCAGAGCCAUGGCAACGGAGGAGAAGAAGCCAGAGACGGAGGCCGCCCGAGCACAGCCCACCCCUUCCUCCUCGGCCACGCAGAGCAAGCCCACUCCCGUGAAACCCAACUAUGCUCUGAAAUUCACCCUGGCUGGCCACACGAAAGCCGUGUCCUCCGUGAAGUUCAGCCCGAAUGGCGAGUGGCUGGCGAGUUCGUCUGCUGAUAAGCUCAUUAAAAUUUGGGGAGCGUACGAUGGAAAGUUCGAGAAAACCAUAUCUGGUCACAAGCUGGGAAUAUCCGAUGUGGCCUGGUCGUCAGAUUCCAACCUCCUUGUUUCCGCCUCAGAUGAUAAAACGCUAAAGAUAUGGGACGUGAGCUCGGGCAAGUGUCUGAAAACCCUGAAGGGGCACAGCAACUACGUCUUUUGCUGUAACUUCAAUCCGCAGUCCAACCUCAUCGUCUCGGGCUCUUUUGACGAAAGUGUAAGGAUAUGGGACGUGAAGACCGGAAAGUGCCUCAAGACUCUGCCCGCGCACUCGGACCCUGUCUCUGCUGUCCACUUUAAUCGGGACGGAUCCUUGAUCGUGUCGAGCAGCUACGACGGGCUCUGCCGCAUCUGGGACACCGCCUCGGGCCAGUGCUUGAAGACCCUGAUCGAUGACGACAACCCUCCCGUGUCUUUUGUGAAGUUCUCGCCAAACGGCAAGUACAUCCUGGCUGCGACCUUGGACAACACCUUGAAGCUCUGGGACUACAGCAAAGGGAAGACUCGGGACUUAGCAGAUCGCGCAUCUGCAAGUUACGGCUGCGACCGCGUGGCUUUGCGCGGUGUCUCUGGAGUGCUUUUCAGAGCUAAGUGCCUGAAGACCUACACCGGCCACAAGAAUGAGAAAUACUGCAUUUUUGCGAAUUUCUCCGUCACGGGCGGGAAGUGGAUCGUGUCUGGCUCCGAGGACAACCUGGUGUACAUCUGGAACCUGCAGACCAAGGAGGUCGUGCAGAAGCUGCAGGGCCACACAGACGUCGUCAUCUCCACGGCCUGCCACCCGACGGAGAACAUCAUCGCGUCCGCCGCGCUGGAGAACGACAAGACCAUCAAGCUGUGGAAGAGCGACUGCUGAGGCGCCCCUGGCUGCCGAGAAGGCGGCGGGAGCAGCGCGGGAGGGCGGGGCCUCCGGCCGGNCUGGGCGGAGCCUCCGGCCGGGCUGGGCGGGGCCGCCGAGGACCGCCUGGCGGAGGGGCGUCCACCGCCGGGAAGUUCUAUGAGUUGCUGGUGACCUUGCUCGCCUCGCGCUCCCUCUCACACUGUUUCUAGUCCGUGUUGUGUUCAAACAGUCACCGCAAAUUUUUAAUUUUUUAUUACAUAAGGGUGAAGUUCAAUUCAUCACGAGUUGUGUUUUUUUCCAGUAAAUGUUCUGUACCUUCUCCGGUAUCUUACUGCCCAGGGCGAGCCGCCCCCUGGCCUGCCCCGCGGCCCCCGGCUCCUGCUGUGCUCGUGCCCCGUGUGCUCAGUCUGUCCGGAAAACAGAACGCUGUCAGGUUCUCUCCGUGUGAAGCCCUUCGUGUGUGGGCGUCCGUGGUUCCCGCGCGGGCGCGUGGCCUUGCACUACAGCCCCGCGCCCCCCGCGCCCCCCGGCGCUGUAAUAAAAGGCAGGAGUCUGCACAGUGUGGGACCGGGUUCUCGCUCGAAGCCUGUCUGCAGUUGGCCUUUUCUCGAAAAGUCUCCCUGACGGUGGGAAGCUGAGGAGCCCCUCGUCCCCCCCAGGAGGCCUGGCGCCGUGCAGGGGCUCCGGGUGCCGUGUGGGCCGGGGGGUGAGGGGCCGGGAGCAAGCCCGCGAGUUUAGUGGGAAGUAGCCAGCGGCCCUCACGGGUCCGGCUGAGCGUCGCAGGCGGCACGUGUGCCAAGGCUGGGCUGCAGGAGCCCGGAGGCUCAGCCCAGACUGGGGUGCGUCCCGCGCUGCCAGCCCCGGGACCCGCAUGGCAGGGGGAGCCGGGUGCCGCCCGCCCCGGUGGCCUGUGGGCGAGGAGGGCGCCUCCGGGGUUGUGGGUUCCUACGGGAGCGGGGGAGGCGGAGUGGGGGCGGUGCUGGGGUUGCCAGGCCCGGGGACCCCUGUGUGCCACGGGGCCCCCCCGCCCUGCCUUUCCUAGGGCUCCGGGUCCUGGGCUGGGGAAGUGGGGGCUGCUGUCCACAGGCUUCCUGGUUCCCCCUCCAGUGGCCGUGGUUGCUCAGCCAGGGGUGACGGCUCCCUUCUGUCCCCUGCCCCGUCCUCGGGGGCCGGCGGCCCAGCUGUGCCCAGAUGAAUUGCAGUAAAACGCAGUCAGCGCUGGGGCCGGGGAAGCCCGCUGGGCAGCGUGUUUUGUUAGGAAAGGUGGAGGCGGUGUGUGUCACCAGCGCUCCUGAGCCCUUGGGACGCUCCUGUCAGCUCUGGUGUGACAGCUCGGCCCUCGGAGCAGCGGAGAGGACGGGGGCGCCGUGCCCGUGGAUAUAGUUUAUUUUUUCUACGUUUGAAUUCUCUGUUGUAGAUUUGUGUAAAAAUACAUUCUCUCUUUAAAAAUAAAGAUUUUCAUGUCUUGUA